GGCGCCUUUCGCCUCCUCGGUCUCCGCGGACUGCCGCCGGGCGUCAUGGCCGCGGACCCGCGCGGGAAGGCGGCGACGCUGGCUCAGCGGCGGCGGCUGCUCAGCUCUUCCUGCAGACUCUUUUUUCCUGAGGAUCCCAUUAAGAUUGUCCGGGGCAAAGGGCAGUACAUGUAUGAUGAACAGGGGGCAGAAUACAUCGAUUGCAUCAACAAUGUGGCUCACGUUGGACACUGCCACCCUCUCGUGGUCCAAGCAGCACAUGAACAAAACCAAGUGCUCAACACCAACAGCCGAUACCUGCAUGACAACAUCGUGGAUUUUGCACAAAGGCUGUCUGAGACCCUGCCGGAGACGCUCUGUGUGUUUUAUUUCCUGAACUCUGGGUCGGAGGCCAAUGACCUGGCCCUGAGGCUGGCCCGCCAGUACACGGGACACUGGGACGUGGUGGUAUUGGACCACGCCUAUCACGGUCACCUGAGCUCCCUGAUUGACAUCAGCCCCUACAAGUUCCGGGACCUGGAUGGCCAGAAGGAGUGGGUCCACGUGGCCCCUCUCCCAGACACCUACCGGGGCCUCUACCGGGAGGACCACCCCAAUGCAGCCGAGGCCUAUGCCAACGAGGUGAAGCGUGUGGUCAGCAGCGCACAGGAGCGGGGCAGGCAGAUCGCUGCCUUCUUCGCCGAGUCCCUGCCCAGUGUGGGAGGGCAGAUCGUUCCCCCUGCGGGCUACUUCCCGGAAGUGGCGAAGUACAUCCGCGGGGCCGGAGGGGUCUUUGUCGCAGACGAGAUUCAAGUGGGCUUUGGCCGAGUAGGCAAGCACUUCUGGGCCUUCCAGCUGCAGGGGGAAGACUUUGUCCCUGACAUUGUCACCAUGGGCAAGUCCAUUGGCAACGGCCACCCUGUGGCCUGUGUGGCCACGACCCAAGCUGUGGCGAGGGCGUUUGAAGCCACCGGUGUCGAGUACUUCAACACGUUCGGGGGCAGCCCGGUGUCCUGCGCCGUGGGGCUGGCCGUCCUGGACGUCUUGGAGAAGGAGCAGCUGCAGGCUCACGCCGCCCGUGUGGGCAGCUUCCUCAUGGAGCUCCUCGGGCAGCAAAAAGCCAAACACCCCAUCAUCGGGGACAUCAGGGGCGUCGGGCUCUUCAUUGGUGUGGAUUUGAUCAAAGAUGAGGCCACAAGGACACCAGCCACCAAAGAGGCCGACUACUUGGUGUCCAGGCUGAAGGAGAACUACAUCUUGCUGAGCACAGAUGGCCCAGGGAGGAACGUCCUGAAGUUUAAGCCCCCAAUGUGCUUCAGCCUGGACAACGUACAGCACGUGGUGGCAAAGCUGGAUGCCAUCCUAACAGACAUGGAAGAAAAAGUGCGAAGCUGUGAGACGCUGAGGUCCCGGCCCGGUGACAGUCCUGCUGAGCCAUGUCCUCCUCUAGAAAAAAUGAAGCAUCCCACUCAAGUGUAUAGUGGUGACCCUGACCUCCAACUUACAGAAGAAAGCCACUGAGACUGAGGGUGGGGCUUGCCCGAGGCCACCAAGCUACCCCCAUCCCUCCCCUAACCACCAGUCUGUUAUGGGGAGGAGCCAAGAGCUUCUGUCCCCUCAGGGCCCAGGGCCAAUUUCUUCCUUGCUUAAAACCCUGCCCACAUCGAGUGGAGGGAGGUUCAGGGACCUUCCAGUGCUCCCUCUAAAAUCAGAAGUGUAUUUUUUAAAGGAAGUACCCUAACACAUAUUCUACCCUGAACUAAGACCAGUAAAAAACAUUUUACAUAAGGUGUCCUCAUACAAGCAUACUUCUAUAAAAAACUGGCAAAUCACCUCCCCCCAGGGAUGCAAUCUAAUGUCUUCCACCCGACUGAAUUAACACACAAGCACACUGUUUCAAGCCCCACUGUCAGCAGUGUGACCGGUGCUGCCCAACAGGCUCCUACUGCCCUUUUCUCAUGGCACAGAGAGAAAGGCCUCGGGGUCACUAUCCAGUGGGCUAUCGACUCACAGGCGAUGUCUUUAUCCACCUGCCCCUAGGAGCCAAUCUCAUUUUACAGAGGUUUAACAGUCCACUCCAGUCUUUCCAAAUUCCCAGCCAGAAUGCUGAAGUCUCCAGGAGCCCCACCCUACCUGCCCACAGUAAGCCACACCCUCCCAAAAGCCACCCGGAGAAUACUUGAAGCAAUACUACCCCCUCUCCAGUGCAAAGUUCAGGGGCAACAGUUGCGCUUCUCACUUCCGCACAUUUGAAGGCAAAACUGACCCUGGAUAUAAGUGGACCAGGGCCUUGGGAGCUCUUUGAGAAGGAUCGGGCUGGUAUGGGCUGACUAAACCAGUGUCCAAAGGGGAUCGAGAUGAACAAAGAUUUGGUUGUGUGGCAUCAACAAGACAGAAGAAAAGCUCUGCAGCAAUUUCUAUAGCAGGAAAGAUUUCACCACCAAAGGAAGAAAUCAGUGAAUGGCAAAAGUUCUAGAAUCUUCUAAGAACUGCAGGCCUUAGAUCCUACAGCCAGAACACCUUGACAUCUAGCUUUAAAUCAAGAAUCAAGAAAGAUUACUCAGCAUGCUUGCUCCGUCACAGAGAAGCUAUCUUUCCUCUCCUGCCUUCCUCACAGCCUGUUUUUACUGCUGGUCCUACAAGGCUGGAACUCCUUGCAGGACAGGACCAUCUGCCCCCCAAUCAGGGCAGCAGAUGCUGCAGGAAAACACUAAGGUCCCGCUACCCUGGGGAGCUCCUGGAGGCAAGCCUUCCCUCAGCAAGAGGCCCGACACACACAACUGGCAACACCUUACCUUACUU